AUGUUGGGCUGCGCCGUUUUGUCUCCACUGCUGUCAAGUCUCCUUCUUCUGGCCGCCGGCACCCCAGGUGCUUCAAGUGUGGUCAUGACCAACUGGUCCCUCUCGUGCUGGCUCCUGGGCGCGAUGCUACGAGGCCCGGCCCAUCAAUCCGCCGGUCCAGCCCUUUUCUUACGCUCAACCAUCCCCUUGACAUGGAAAAGCUCACAUUGGCUUCGUUUUCGCCCCAGCUUGCCCAACCCGGCUUCUGUUUACUGCGCCUUGCCAGGCAAAGUCGAGUUACGUCUACACGUGACGACAAAGUGCUCACUCAGCCCUGCCUUGCUCCACGUUGCACCAGACGUUACACGCUGCAUGCUGCACAGCCAGAACCUGGGUCCGAAGGAACAGGCAGGUCCAACUACUACUGUUACGAAAUCUUCUACCGAGUACAAGCAUCGAUUUUCAAAUCGCUUCUUGGGUUCUCAACUACUCUACAAGAUGGACCAAAUGCUGCAGCAUUUCCCGCCAGUGCUCCUCACCUAUCCAGACCCUUCCGAGUUUGACUAUUCAACCUUCCUGCAGCAAACGGAAGAUAUCCCUUUCCCAGAUCCAUCGCACAGCACGUCAGCAGGGACCAUUUCGGAGUCAUCUCCGGGCCAAGCGACACCCCCAAGCUCCGACGGACGGAGUACGUCUGGUGCUGUGGACAUGUCGGUCACGCGCCGCCAAUCCGCUCAGAAGCAGAGGUUGGAGCGCAGGGGACAUACCAAGAGCAGACGCGGAUGUUACAACUGCAAGAGAAGGCGCAUCAAGUGCCAGGAGACUCGCCCUGCGUGCGGCCAUUGUGUGAAGACGGGGUUGAAGUGUGAAUACCCCUCCAUGCCGCAAAUCACCCACCAGGACAUGCGAUUCUUCCAGCACUUCCUCACCCAGUGCUACCCCCACCAUCCAUUGAAGCAAGAGGAGAUUUGGACCCACGAGAUCCCGUGCAUUGCCCAUAACCAUGAAUUCUUGAUGCACGCUAUAUUGGGCUUUGCCGCAUCAGAACUUGUCCCCACCGACAGCUCCUUUGUCCAAGCCGCGAUGAACCACCGCAUCAAAGCCAUCAAAGCCAUCAAGAAGCGGCUUUCCGAGUCUGCGCGCGGCCAGACAAGCUACGAAGAAGCAAACGCCCUCGUCGCCACUUGUUUUGCGUUGACCUUUCAGUCUGUUUGUCUAGAAGACGGUCUGGCAGAGUACAUGACGUUUAUUCGAGGCAUUCUCAUUGUCGGAAUGCAAAUGAUGUUCAAGGGCAUCAAACCCAUCUUCGAGCAGCUAUUCGAAGACCGGCAGGACGAGGUGAUGGAGCCAUAUCUUAGAGAUUUGCCCUUGAUCCAACGAGGGUGGGCUGACGCCGCUGGCGAAGCCAUCUCAAACCUACGGCCACUAUGUGUCGAACCAGUAGAAGUUGAGUAUUGCCAACAGCUGCUUGGCAUUGCAGAGAAGCUCAACGUAAAUUCUUUUGACGCAUACAAGUCCAGCUGCAGACAGUAUGCAUGGUGGAUGAUGCUACCACAUAGCACCUUCCAGCAGCUUAUCAAUCUCGACAGACAGAGCAUGAUUCUGCUUCACGCACAUUGGAUUGCCUUGUCGCAGAUUAUGGCAUUCAUCACCGAGCGCGAAUACGACGUUCGUGAAAAGAGGCCAACGGCUUCGACCGACCCUGGACCUGCGCCGGGAUUUGUGAAGUGGUUGAAGUUUCUUAAUGCUAGAGUGGACUACGAGCAUCAAAUGUACAACCAGUGGCCCUUGUGGGUAGAAGCACAACUGGACAAGGAUCUUACGUUUUUUGGACGACGACUAUGA